UCAGAAGAGUACAGAGUCCAGGCUGAGACAUACCUGUUACUUUCUGUACUAGGCAUCAGAUUCGGGGGAAAAAAACUCCAUAGUAACUUUCGCUGGGAUAUGCCAUAGUCCAUCUCAUUCCAAGGCCACAACAUUACAGUUUUACAAGCAGUUCAUUACCAAAAUCGAUGCCGUUUUCAAGGACGUGGACAAUUUAUAUUGUUUGGAGUUGAUCAUGGCUGCGAGACAUGAAAGUGUCAUCAUACAAGAGCCUAUGAAACACGGAUAUAACACACAGGUGUCGCAGUUUAAAAUGAUGGGCUACUCGUAUGAUGACGACUUGGAGGAGAUGUGUCCGGUCUGCGGGGACAAGGUUUCUGGAUAUCAUUACGGACUGCUGACCUGUGAGAGUUGUAAGGGCUUUUUCAAGCGGACGGUUCAGAACAAUAAAAGAUAUACGUGUAUUGAAAAUCAGACCUGUCAGAUUGAUAAGACCCAGAGGAAGAGAUGUCCUUACUGCAGGUUUCAGAAGUGUUUGAGUGUGGGAAUGAAAUUAGAAGCUGUAAGGGCCGACCGUAUGCGUGGAGGGAGGAACAAAUUUGGGCCAAUGUACAAACGGGACCGGGCACUCAAGCAACAGAAAAAAGCUUUAAUCCGAGCCAAUGGACUUAAACUAGAAGCUAUGAGUCAGGUCAUCCAAGCCAUUCCCACAGAUUUGACCAUUUCUUCAGCUAUCCAAAAUAUCCAUUCGGCAUCCAAGGGUCUACCUCUAAGCCAUGCCGCCCUUCCCCCAACAGACUAUGACAGAAGCCCCUUUGUGACGUCACCUAUUAGCAUGGCCAUGCCACCUCAUGGCAGCCUGCAAGGUUAUCAGGCCUAUGGCCAUUUCCCCAGCCGUGCUAUCAAGUCGGAGUACCCGGACCCUUACACAAGUUCUCCAGAGUCUAUAAUGGGAUACUCAUACAUGGACAGUUAUCAGUCUAGUUCCCCUUCAAAUAUCCCACACCUUAUAGUGGAACUCUUGAAAUGUGAGCCUGACGAGCCUCAAGUCCAAAGCAAGAUCAUGUCAUAUUUACAGCAGGAGCAGGCCAAUAGGAGCAAACAUGAUAAACUGAACACGUUUGGACUCAUGUGCAAAAUGGCCGAUCAGACAUUGUUUUCUAUCGUUGAAUGGGCGAGGAGUAGCAUAUUCUUCAGAGAGCUAAAGGUAGAUGAUCAGAUGAAGCUUUUGCAAAAUUGUUGGAGUGAGUUGCUAAUUCUGGAUCACAUAUUCCGGCAAGUUCUACAUGGGAAAGAAGGCUCCAUUCUCCUGGUUACAGGCCAACAAGUGGAUUACUCUGUUAUUGCCACACAGGCUGGUACCACGUUAAACAACCUCAUGAGCCAUGCUCAAGAUCUGGUGGCCAAACUUCGAUCACUACAGUUCGACCUAAGAGAAUUUGUGUGUCUGAAAUUCUUAGUGCUCUUCAGUCUUGAUGUGAAGAACUUGGAGAACUUCCAGUUGGUAGAAGGAGUUCAGGAACAAGUCAAUGCUGCUCUUCUGGACUAUACCCUGUGCAACUACCCACAGCAAACAGACAAGUUUGGGCAGCUUUUGCUACGGCUACCAGAAAUCCGCGCAAUAAGUUUGCAGGCAGAAGAAUAUCUAUACUAUAAACAUCUCAAUGGUGAUGUCCCAUGUAACAAUCUUCUCAUUGAAAUGCUUCAUGCAAAGAGGGCCUGAUCUCUCUUUAUCUCACCAUGGAUCUGAGCACAAACAUUGACAAAGACUAAACCUUGACAAAGACUAUUUAACUUUAAAGACUUUAAAAGUAAAAAAAAAAAAGGUAUAAUAAUCACAUUUCUUAAUAGUUAAUACGUGAUGCAUCAGGGUAUUUGUAUUUCAAACUGUGAAUGACCUUACAUAUUCCCCAAUGGAUUCUGCACGGGACACUGCCUGAACUCAACACAGCCAAGUGGGAGGAUUCCAAAACGGUCGAACCAUUGCUUCUGAAGAGUGAUCAAGGAAAUGGAAAGAAAAGAAAUAGAACAGAACAAUUCACACAAAAGCUACUUAACCCCUUACAGUCCUUAUAUAGUUACACCGAGUAUGUCUAUGCAUUUUCAUUUCACAGUAUUUUCAUUAAAUUUGGUCAAAUCAGAGUUCAAGCCAAAAAUGUUGAUAUAUAUAUAUACACAUACACAUAUAUAUAUAUAUAUAUAUAUAUACGCACACACACGCACACAAAUAUAUAUCUGCAUGUAAAAGACUAUACAUUUGUGUCAUGGUGGCCUUGCUGGAGAAGGGGCAAAAUGCACAGAUAUGCUCAGUAUAACUAUCUAGAAAAAGGACUUCUAAUAGGCUGCCUAAGGUCAACCAACAUGAUCUACUGACCUUAAAAUACUAAGUUACCAAACCUAAGCAAAAAUUGUGCAUUCAGUGGGAGAGGUGCUACUGUGUUGCUCAUAUGUUCUUUGCACUGUGUCCGUUGUAUUUCUUGUUGUUACAGGCUGCUUGUUAACAGUUGUGGAGAUGGCAAUGCUUGCACUCUCUAUUUCCUUUAAAGCGUAAAGCCAUCCAGCCAUCAGAAAUCAAGUUCCUCAUUAUACAUUAAAGAACAAAGUUAUACACAUAUCAUGAUGUGCUAGCAAAUAUCCAGCAUCUAUAUUGAAAAUAUUCACAUGCUGUAUCACUGCCUCAUGCAUUGCUGUUGGACCUAGUGAUAAUAUUCCCCUUCAUUUUUCUUUUAUUGACAUAAAAAGUUUACUUUAAUCAGAAUGGUACUAAAGGAACAGGGCAACACUAAUUGUAUAUUCUCAAGCACCCCAUAGUUUCCUUCUCAAUUUAACAAUUAAGCUAUUGCUAUCUCCGCUUUUUGGUUCAAUUCACUGUUAAUUUGCCUACAUUUUGUCAUAUUUUUUCCUGCAUUUUGUUAUUUUCCACUACAGAAUAAGUCUCAUCAACUCCUGUGUAAACUUUAGUCAAGCAAGUGAGAAAAAAAAAAAAACAUUACAAUUACUUAUAGGACUUUCCGGUUCCUUUAUAUUAAAGACUUAUCCAAUAUAGGUUCCAAGUGACUCAGAGCUGAUCUGCGGUACUACAUAGUGGACAGAGCUUUCUGCUUCUAUUUAGUUUCUGACAUAAGUGGCUACAGCAAACAGCCGGUUGGUGAGGUAUACCAGGUGUCGGACCCAUAUUGACCUGAUAGGUCAUCAAUAUGUAGAAACCAGACAACCCCUUUGAAGGAGUACUACCAAAAACAAUAUAAAUAAACACCUUUACUGCACAUUAUAGAUGUAAAAAAGAUUUGUUGCCACCAUAUUUCUAAUCAGUGAUGUCAUUUAUUGCAUUGCAUGCCCGAUACCUACAGAAUGUCUGCUCUUGUAUCCCUGUGACAACUUCUGGUGCACAGUGAGUGAUGCAAUAGAAAUAUAUUUACACUCUUUGAAACAGUGAUCAACCUCCUGAAGUGCUGGUUUAGGCAUAACCUAGACACAUGUAGAUUCAAAACAUGUAGAUGGGGACUCAAAGGUCACUGGCACAUUCAGAGGUUAGGGAAAGAACCAUAGGGGGCAGUUCUGGUACCUUCAGACUCAGCUGGCAGAAAUGCUGGAAAAUCCCAAAUAUCUCCUGACCUGGACUGGUACCUACUUCAGAUCUAAAGAUAAUGGCCCAGAUUUACUAUUAGAAAGGUAACUAUCUAGACAGGGUGUCUAAGAUUAGCUAUAUGCAUUCAAUAGAAGUAGGAUUAAUGAUCAUUUAGCUGACAGCUGUCUCUUUUGGCUCCCCCAUAUACAUACAUGUUCGGCUCGCUGAACAUGUACAUGUAUUCAGUGGGGGAGAGCGGAGAUAGCCACUGUUGGGCACUUCUGGUGGUGGAUUUUAGCUCUGAAGAACAAAAAGUUCGGACAAAAAUAUUCACUUCACCCGAGCUGGGAGCUCCCUACACAUAUUAGACUGCCAGCCUAACCCACCAUUCUUGGUGGGUUAGGCCGACAACACACUAAUAUUUAUGGGGGACUUUAGGCUUGGUUCAUAUCUGCACUAUAAUUCCAGUAUUCUAGAAUCGCCAGACACAGCAUAUGCCGGACACUGCUGUGACCUGCAAGAUCCCAUUCACUAUAAUGGGGUCCAUUAAGUUCUAUUAUGAAAACCGGCAUUUUGGAAUCAAAGAUAGAGGCUCCUACCGAAACCUUCACCUUGUAUGCUGGAAUGCGGCCGGUUCUCUGCUGUACCCCAUUAUACUUAAUAGGGCCGGCGGACAUUCCGUCUGCAUCGGGCAGUGCCAGAACAGCCUGCGUGAAACUACCCUUAGUAAAGUAAAUGCCAGUCCAGGUUCAUAAGAUUGUAAAUUACGUUUUUGAAAUCCAAUCAUUAGAUACUGCGUACAUAAUAUAGCAUUUUAACAUUCCUACUUUUUUGCACUAUGAGAGUUUAUCAGAGAUUUGUCAGUUUGGAAAAUGAUCUCCAAAUCUUUGGUAGAGCCAAAAAAGUAAUUAGAACAAAGAAAACCUCUUUCAGUAUUAGGUUGGGCUCCUGUGUAGCAGCAAUAACGUGGCCAAGGUAUGUCUGCAAUUUGGCCUAAAACUGUGCAGGCAGGCAGCUUUACAGGCAUUCAACGUGGUUUUAAAAAUUUAUUGUAAAUGGAUCUGCAACUUCAGUUUGAAAAUAGGGUCCAUCUCUGAUAAAACCAUCUUUCGGUACAAUUUUUUUACACCAUCCCAGUCUUUAAAAUCCGAUCGAUUGUAUCUCGGUAAAUAUCUGAAUGUAUCAAGUAAGACAAUAUGAAGUGAACUUAUGAGCAGUGUUUAUAUCAGUGAUGACUCAACAUUGACACCACGGGCAAAUAUUGAAAACAAAGGGCCCAUUUGCGAGAACAGUAAAUAGGAACCCUUCUUUUCCAAAUGGUAAUUUGAUGGCAGUAUGGAGCUGCUAUAUCCAUUCCUAAUAAGGUAAAUUGCAUCUCUCUGCAAUACAAUAGGACAAGCAUCACCUGGAAGCCUCUGGGGGUUCAUCCCUGGUUUGCAUAAAAGGAGCAAAGACUAUGAUUGCUGGAAGGGUUUUUUAAAUCUGCCCCCAUGUCAGCAGUUAAAAAUGAAUAAGCAGUGUUUAAUUGAUACCAUGAGACAUUAAAAUUUCAAAAUCGCUUUCUUUCUUUGUUUGCCUUUAUACCCAUCUUUUUAAAAUUUCGAAACUGCAGGUUAUGUCUUGAGCAACCUGCAGAGCAUUGUGUAUGGCUUUUAAAGAAAUGACCAUCGUUAGAAAUGAACACUUGUUACAGUAGUUCAGUACAGUACUGCAGAACGCUUCUUCUAUGUGCAGAGCAACCUGUGUAUAGUUCCUUACUAUUAAUGUGUAUCUAAACUAAUUUGUACUUGAAGAGGUGUGGAUGAGUAACUGGACUUGCAGAAGGCAGCAUUCUAGAUCUCUUAGAGCACUGUGUUUGCAGCGCGUGUGGAGCCGCACAUCCCAUGUACAGUAAUACCAGCAAUGGCCUCCUCCAACCAGCUGUACAAUCAUUCAGACAGAACUGUCAGUCUCUGUGUUACUCGCUUUAUAAAUAGUUUAUUUUUAUGGAACAGCUGUUCCCACUGUAGACAAUUCCAAUUCUAAUUUAUUGUCCUCAUGGUUUCAUCUUUCUGUAAAAUAUAUCCAUAAUAAAGGAGCCAAAUAUGUC